UGCAAAGAUGCACACUUAAACAUGGCGGCUAACAUUGAGCAAAUUUUCCAAGAUUUUAUUUUGAAUAAAAUCAGAGAAGUUGAAGACCAGAAUGAAGACAAGGCUGUUGCUGAAGGAGUGGCUGCUGGCAGUCAAGUGGUUGGAGCAGAGGAAGCCACUUCCAAGAGAGACAAACAGGAAGACCUAAGGGGCAGUGGUUCACAAAAGAAACAUAAGAAACACAAAAAACACAAAAGUAAGAAGAAGAGGAGGAACCAAGAGAAGGAGAGCUGUUCAGAAUCUGGAGCAGAAUUGGUGGCAGGAACCAAACGUCAGCCAAGAAGAGGAACACCAGCAGAGGCGAAUAUGGAGCAAGGUGAGGAUAACGAGACUAAGUACGGAUGCCAUAAGAGGUGCUCAACAGGAAAGAGGAAGAAGAAGAAGAGAAGGAGGAAAAGUGAAGAGAACUCUUCAGAUUCCGACUCAGAGUUUGUGUCAAAGCAGAGAGAUAGUAAUUGUGGUCAAAGCUUUUCACCAAGGCGACGAGAGGAGUUGCCUGAUAUCAUCCCAAAACAGGACAGCUCCAAUAACAAAAGAGGAGUUGAGGAAAGACAUGGCAGGAGGAGUUGUUCACGGUCGCAUUCCUAUACUCAUUCACAUUCGUGCUCAGUGAGGAAGAACUCUCAUUCUUGGUCUAGACACCACCAUAGAAGAUCUAGAACUCGCUCCCUAUCCAGUUCACAGCGCCUCAGGACCCAUUCCAGCUCCUCGAGCGAGAAGCAGGAAGCUCUGGAUGGAACCAUUCAGUCCACCAAAGGUCCUCCAAAAGUCCUCCAGCUGUCUCAGCUGGUCUCAAGUCCUACCCGAAGAAACAUCAAAGCACAGGAGCUGGCAGAGUCAAGCACAGAGCUGCAGAACCCUGACCAAAGUGAAAAGCCAUCAGAGAAAAAAGAAGAGAAAGCAGUGGACACAAUACAAAAACUAGCUCAAGGUUCUGGUGCAUUCCAGUCCAUGCUGAACCAGUCCACAUCUGCCGAACCUGACCAGACCACUGAGCCCAGCUUCCCUCAGUUUAAAGAGUCAGACUACCCCAGGUCCUUUUCCACCGAUGUUAAAUCACCAGCAAAGAAGAGGAGGAAACCCUCGAAGUGCCCACAGAGGAAAAAAGAAGCAAAGUCAUCAAAGAAGCAGAAAAGAUCCAAGUCACCAUAUAGGAGCCGCAGGAGGGGAUCCAGAUCCAGGAGCCCUUCAAAGAAGAAAAGAUCAAGGUCCAGGUCAGGAGGCCGAAGGUCGCAGAAGACAUGCUCACGGUCAGUGUCACGGAGUCGGAGGAGGGCUACAUAUAGCCAGAGGGACCGCUGGAAACGAGAGCCGAGUCAGUCCCCUGUGCUCAUUCUCCGCAAAAAUAGAUCUCCCAACCGGAAAUACUGCAGUUCGAGCAACAGCCCUCAACGCAUCAGUGAACUGGAUAAGGACCAGUUGUUGGAAAUUGCAAAGGCCAAUGCUGCUGCAAUGUGUGCCAAAGCAGGUAUGCCCAUCCCUGCUGGCCUGAGAUCCACAGUGCUUCCCCUGGCUCUGCCAAGCAUGGCCAUGAAUGCUGCUAUGGCCAGUAUGACUGCUGCCACCAUGACAGCAGCCUUGUCUAACAUGGGCACUCUGUCUUCACUGCUCCCCCUGCCCUCCAUUACCAACAAGCCACCCCCUGUCACAGUUCAACCCAACGUUUCGGCUUUGGAGGAAGUGAAGAGGAAAGUCACGAAGCAGGCCAACAGCAUCAGUAUUAAGGAGUUUACUGAUAAAUGCAAGAUGAUUGUGGACAGUAAAGGAGAGCUGCCAGUGGCAAUGCCUCAUGUUUCAGAUGAAGAGGAUGAUGGGAAACCCUUUGGAGGAUCAGCUCUUCGAGAGCAAAGAGCCAUCAGCUUCAGCAUCAAUAACACAACAGUUCGUCCAGCAGUACGUAGUGACGCAGGCAUGGCCAAGGAGUUUCCUGUGUCGUCAGGAUCUCAACAUCGCAAGAAGGAGGGCGAGGCACUGGGUGUCUAUGGAGAAUGGGUUCCUGUUGACAAAACAACAGACAAAGCUACAGCUACCUCCAGAAAAACCCUGAACCCUGUUCCUCUUGUGACAGCAACCUCAUCAUCAGGUGAAAUGCUGACAGCAGCAGGGUUACCAGAGGUUGUUGAACAGUCGGCAUUUGUGCCUGAUAAUGACAGCGUUUUUCCUGAUGCAGUACUUCAGCCGGUAGAUAUUUCUCAGGCUGUAACUGAGAGAAUCAGAGCUCAGAGGCGCCUGGCUGAGAACCCCUAUGAUGUCAAUGCCAUCUGUAUGCUUAGCCGGGCACAAGAGCAGGUGGAUGCAUGGGCCCAGUCCAACACUGUUCCUGGUCUUUUCACUGGUUCGACUGGAGCCCAGGUCCUGAGCUCGGAGGAGCUGUCCACCAGCGGACCACAAGCAUGGCUGAAGAAGGACCAGUUCCUUCGGGCAGCUCCGGUAUCGGGGGGUGUCGGGGAGUUCCUGAUGAGAAAGAUGGGCUGGAAAACGGGAGAGGGCCUAGGGAGGAACCGCGAGGGUACCGUGGAGCCAAUCAUUAUUGACUUCAAGGUCGACCGCAAAGGACUAGUUGCUGAAGGAGAGAAGCCACAAAAGCAAACAGGAGGACUGGUGGUAACAAAGGAUCUAAUGGGGAAGCACCCAGUGUCUGCUCUCAUCGAGUUGUGCAACAAGAGACGGAUAACGCAGCCAGACUUUGUCAUGGUUCACCACAGUGGUCCUGACCACCGCAAGAAUUUCCUCUUCAAGGUCACAGUGAAUGGUGUGGACUACCAACCCCAGACAGCUAGUCCCAAUAAGAAACAUGCCAAGGCCAUGGCAGCAACAGUUGCACUACAGGCUCUGGGAGAGGUUCCUGUUGAUGGACCAGGACUCUAUACUGGCCCUGUCUUCACUGCUGCUUCUACUGGCCCCUUGUUUUCUACAUAAACAUGCACACAAUUGUGGGACUGACAUAUUCUACGUAGUUCAACUGUCUGACUACAUUCUCACUUCAUUCAGUGACAGAAAGGGUUUUUUCACUCACAUUGAAAAAACAGCCCAUUUUGCCACUCUGGUAGCUCUUUUAUAUACUAAGAAAUUAAUAAAUACUCUAGGUACAGGACAGUAAGAACCAUAACUACCAGUAUAGCUGCAGAUGAAAGAAAGUAUCUUUGUAUGGAAGCAACUUGUGACUGAUUUUAUACCCCCCAAAACACACUUUUUGAAGUCACUAUGCUCAUGACAGGAUGGCAAAUUUUUUGCUGGGUUGUAAGGAUUGGGAAAGAAUCUUAUUUAAAGUGUAUGGCAUAAAUGUAUGUAUGUAUAAUUAUAUGUAUCAUAUAGUAGCAUUUCAGCCUGAUAUAUAUUAGCUGAUCAUUACUUUAGUCUAAUCCUAGACCAGACAUGAAUUUCUCUACAAUGGAUUUGUUGAUCACAGCCAAACAGCUGAGUUCGGCUAUUAUGAAAAAUGUAUAUGUAAAUAACUGUGUCUUGUUGGUUAGCAACUUUUCUGUAUGUCCUGAUAUUACAUUUGUGGCCUGGCCUCCUAACAAAAUGUUUGUCAUGAAAGAGGCUGUUAAAUUUUAUGGAAAUAACCUUCUGAAAAUGUGUAAACAGAAAUAAAGAUUAUAUUUAUUUAUGUAGUAGAGGAAGCA